AUGGUUAGGUUUACAUCCCCCGAAGAUACUGGCUUCCAAAGAUUGCUUGGCGAGUUGACGAGAUGGGAGGGAUUGGUUACAUCAGCCUCGAAGAGCCAGCACGUUGUAGGGGAGCACAACGUGGCUACUGACGCUGCCGAUGUUGUCGCAGACGAUAGCGCCCGACCCUGUCACUACAUCCCCUUCCCCAAGAACAAGCGCUUUGUGGGACGAGAGGAGACGUUGCACCAGCUUAGAGAUAUGUUUUUUGUCCAAGAAGAGACACAGAAGAUCGCGGUCGUCGGGCUGGGCGGCGUUGGCAAAACCCAAGUCGCACUCAAGUUUGCAUACUGGGUGAAAGACAAUAAGCCGGAGUACUCUAUCUUUUGGGUGCCUGCUUUGAGCCGUGUGGCCUUCGAACAGGCGUAUGUCGAGAUGGCCAGCAAGCUCCCGAUCAGGAAACGCAGCGAGGAUGAGGAUUUGAAAGAGUCUGUUCGGCGGUACCUGAGUUCUGAGGCGGCGGGUCCAUGGCUUCUUAUCGUGGACAAUGCGGACGAUAUAGACCUUUUCUUCGGGCCUUCAGACAAACCAGGCGGUCUCAAUGAGUACCUUCCGGAGAGCGAAGACGGCCUAGUCCUAUUCACAACACGGUCUCGAGAAGUGGCUGUGGCGGUGGCUAGAAACAGUGUGACUGAGCUGCUUGAGAUGGACCCGCAGGAGGCGGCUGACUACCUAAAGAAGUCGCUGAUUCGGAGCAGUGGAGCGGGGACGGCCGAGCUACUGAAGGAGCUCACGUACCUUCCAUUGGCGAUCACACAGGCGGCGGCGUACCUGAACACGACUGGAGUGCCGAUUACAGAGUAUCUGAGAUUGCUGCGGGGGGCAGAGGACACGGCUAGCUUAAUGAGUCGAGAGUUCCACGAUGACACUCGAUACAGGGGCUCGCCGAACGCUGUGGCGACGACAUGGCUCGUGUCUUUCGACCAGAUCUGCAAAUCCGAUGGCGCCGCAGCCGACCUGCUGUCGUUCAUGUCGUGCAUCGAGCCGAAGGGAAUUCCGCAGUCGAUCCUGCCUCGCUUCGAGUUGGAAGAGCAGAUGGUGCAUGCCGUCGGCACGCUAUGUGGAUACGGCUUUCUGACUAGGCGGGGGGACAGCAAAAUAUUCGACAUGCAUAGUCUGGUGCACCUGGCAACGCGAAUCUGGAUCCAAGGUGAGGGCCGGACAGCGACGAUAGAUGAAAAGGCAACUCGUCAUCUUGCGACGGUUUUUCCAGACGACGACUAUACGAACUGCAGCUUGUGGAGGGAGUACCUUCCACAUGCUUUUAGGGUAUUGCAACACAGCGAGGGGCUUGAUAUGGAGGAGAGAUCUAAUUUGUGUUUCUGGGUUGGGCGGUGUCUGAGAGUGGACGGGCGGAUCAAGGAAGCUGUUAGGUAUGUGGAAGAGGCUUGCCAGUGGAGGAAUAGCCACUUCGCCGAAGACCACCCUUCCCGGCUCGCGUCGCAGCACACACUCGCAGGAGCCUAUAACGCCAACGGGCAGGUUAAAGAGGCUAUCACGCUGCUCGAGCAGGUCGUCGCUAUUAAGGCCGAAACCUUCGCCGAAGACCACCCUUCCCGGCUCGCGUCGCAGCACGAACUCGCAGGAGCCUAUAACGCCAACGGGCAGGUCAAAGAGGCUAUCGCGCUGCUCGAGCAGGUCGUCACUAUCAAGGCCGAAACCCUCGCCGAAGACCACCCUUCCCGGCUCGCGUCGCAGCACGUACUCGCUAUGGCCUAUAAAGCCAACGGGCAGGUCAAAGAGGCCGUCGCGCUGCUCGAGCAGGUCGUCGCCAUUCGGGCCGAAACCCUCGCCGAAGACCACCCUGACCGGCUCGCGUCGCAACAGUGGCUCACGUAUAUAUUACAACAGGCGGAUCUAAGGUAA